UUGCGCAGGCUCAUUUUCGUAAAAGUCCAAUUGGAGUGUUACGAAUGAACAAAAGUUGAAUGGUUUUAGCCCAAUUGAUCAGUUAAUAUUUUAGUUAGGAUAGUGAAAUCUCAAUAAAUCAAAAUGGGAAUCAAAUUCCUCGAAAUUAUAAAGCCGUUUUGCAGUAUAUUGCCAGAAAUAGCGAAACCAGAAAGGAAGAUCCAGUUCCGAGAGAAAGUACUAUGGACUGCAAUCACUCUAUUUAUUUUCUUAGUAUGCUGUCAGAUCCCCCUCUUCGGUAUAAUGUCUUCGGACAGUGCAGAUCCAUUCUACUGGAUCCGUGUGAUCCUAGCGUCUAACAGGGGUACGCUUAUGGAACUUGGUAUCUCCCCCAUUGUGACCUCCGGCUUAAUUAUGCAGCUCCUUGCUGGAGCCAAGAUCAUUGAAGUCGGUGACACUCCUAAGGACCGGGCAUUGUACAAUGGUGCUCAAAAAUUGUUCGGCAUGGUUAUAACAGUGGGCCAAGCUAUCGUGUACGUGAUGACGGGAAUGUACGGCGAACCCAGUGAGAUCGGCGCUGGCAUUUGUCUGUUGAUCAUCAUUCAGCUUUUCGUUGCUGGCCUGAUUGUACUGCUUCUUGAUGAACUCCUACAGAAAGGCUAUGGUCUGGGUUCUGGUAUUUCCCUGUUCAUCGCCACCAACAUUUGUGAGACCAUCGUCUGGAAAGCAUUCUCACCAGCUACCGUUAACACUGGUCGUGGUACAGAGUUCGAAGGAGCAGUGAUAGCCUUGUUCCACCUGUUGGCGACUCGUCCGGACAAAGUGCGCGCUCUUCGCGAGGCCUUCUAUCGCCAGAACCUGCCCAACCUCAUGAACCUGCUCGCCACAGUUCUCGUUUUCGCCAUCGUCAUAUACUUCCAGGGCUUCCGCGUGGACCUUCCUAUAAAAUCCGCGCGGUACCGCGGCCAGUAUUCGUCUUACCCCAUCAAGCUCUUCUAUACCUCCAAUAUUCCUAUCAUCCUGCAAUCUGCUCUUGUCUCUAAUCUUUACGUCAUUUCACAGAUGUUAGCUGUGAAGUUCAGCGGCAACUUCCUCGUGAACCUGCUGGGCGUGUGGGCGGACGUAGGCGGCGGGGGCCCCGCGCGCGCCUACCCUGUGGGCGGCCUCUGCUACUACUUCAGCCCGCCGGAGUCCCUGUCUCACAUCGCACAAGACCCAGUGCAUGCUGUACUCUACAUCAUCUUCAUGUUGGGCUCCUGCGCCUUCUUCUCCAAGACCUGGAUCGAUGUUUCUGGAUCUUCGGCUAAGGAUGUGGCGAAACAAUUGAAAGAGCAGCAGAUGGUGAUGCGUGGUCAUCGUGACAACUCCAUGAUCCACGAACUGAAUCGGUACAUUCCCACCGCUGCUGCGUUCGGAGGGCUUUGCAUCGGCGCCCUCUCGGUAUUAGCGGAUUUCUUAGGCGCCAUUGGCUCCGGCACGGGUAUCCUGCUGGCCGUCACUAUCAUCUACCAGUACUUUGAGAUCUUCGUCAAGGAACAGGCGGAGAUGGGCGGCAUGAGCACGCUUCUGUUCUAAAUCUAACUAUAGAACG